AUGGCUCGCAAUGUUAGCAUCAACAUGGAUGGCAUGCCCGACUACGCAAACGACCCAGACCAGCAUGUCGACACUCUAGACAUGGACAUGGUCGCCGACUUUGGCGACGGUCUCGGUGUUGACAUGCACUUUGGGCACGGCGACGACUCGAAGCCUUUGAUCGACACAGAGCUUCAAAAGCACAGUGCCGACGCCACCGCUUCCUCCUCUGCCAUGCCCCCUCCUUCUACAAACCCGACCGUGGACGACAUGUUCCACAGUGAAACCGGUCUCGACGGCGGUAGCGAUGACGACGACGACUCGCCCGUCCCACAAGCAAAGCGCCGCCGAGAGACCCAGGACGUGCCCGGCGGAUUCACCUACGUCGACAAGGACGGUGGCGAGUCGGGCCGUCGCAAGAUUAGGAUCGAGUACAUUACCGACAAGUCGCGUCGGCAUAUUACCUUUAGCAAGCGCAAGGCCGGUAUCAUGAAGAAGGUGCUCCUCCUGGUCGUCUCGGAAACCGGUCUCGUUUACACCUUCACCACAACCAAGCUCCAGCCGCUCGUCUCCAAAGCCGAGGGCAAGAACCUCAUUCAGGCCUGUCUGAAUGCGCCUGACGGUGUUGGACCCGACGGUCAGCCGGCCGGUGGACCGAUCGCCCCUACCAAGGGCAAGAACGGCGGCCUGUCGAUUAGGCCCCACAAGUUGACGGCCGAGGCGUCCAAGGCCAUGAUCGCGACGGCUGCGCAGGUUGCCGGUGCCACACCAGAUGAGGCUCUCGCCCACGCCACCGCCCAGGCCAAGGCCGUCGCGUCGCUCGGAAACGGUAACCCCCAGAACAGGCCAAAGAAGCGCUUGCCAUCCAAGAAGCGCACGGCGUCGCAGCACUCGCUCAACGCCGACAUGCCUCAGGCUGCCCCCGAGAUGAUCCCUCCCGUGCCGCCCAUCCCCGAGAUGCACCGUCAGCCGUCGCCGUCGGCUCACAUGUUGCCACAGCACGGCCAGCCCCAACCACCCCCCAACCCCCUCCAGUCGCCGUUGAGUGCUGGCUACCACAUUCCCUCCGAGUACCAGCACCCUCACCCCCACGGCGUGCCUUCCCCGACCUACGGCUACCCGCCUACCCCCACAGGCGACUAUGGCGCAACCACCGCCAUGCCUGGAUACGCGUACCCGCAAGGUCCCCAGGGGUUCUUGGUCCACCCAGGCAUGUACCAGGGAAACCCACAAGCCCAGCCCCAGCCUCAAGGCGAACCUCGACGCAUGAUGCCUGGUCCUGACGGUGGCAUGCGUAUGGGCAUGUGA